AUGGCAUGUGAAGAUCGGCGUCCCGCGGGCCGUACCGCAAAGGCUUGUGCAAGCUGCGGGUCGGGAUUGGGCAGCACUUCUAGGGACCGCGUCCCGCACGGACCUGUACCGCAAAGACCCGCAUUGAACAUGACCGCAGCGGGACGGGACAAGGCGGGACGAUUCAUCUUCGCCGGUCUCCGUCUUCACCGUAGUCGCCACCACCACCGCUUGUCACCACACUGGUCACCUCCCUCUCUUUCAAUCUCUCUCGCUCUUUCUCUGUGUUUUGAAUUUGUUCUUGUUACUGGAAGGUGGACAAGGCAGAGGAGCUUGGUGGUGGAGGAGAGUGAGGUUCGAGAUGCCCUUAGACAUCUCAGUACCCUUUUUCUAAGCAAGAAGAGGCCUCUCAGUUCUCACGGCAACGAUUCUCACAGGUUACCUCUUAUAUCUCACUUCCUACCUCCUAAAAUCUUUUUCGACAGAUCUGUCUUUCAUUUUCAACACGGACCUGGGUUGCUUCCACCAUGCCACGGCUGCUUCCCUUCAAGAGGAUAUGCCGCUAAUCCGUGUAUACCGCCGAGAUUCCCACUGCGAAGCAUCAACGAGCUACUACAUUUGAGAAGAAAUAGAGACAUGGUGAAGAUUGUUGUUUCUCCAAUAUUCAUCAUGAUGAGGUUGACAUCCAAAGCUCCAGCUCCCUCCAUUUAUGGGAUAAUCUUUUUACUCGAUAGUCCAGCCAUACAAAAGUUGAUUACUUGGACUUGGAAUAGCACAACUUCGUCGCCAUCUGUCGCCUUAUGCAUUUUAGCUACGGAUUGUCUCUUCUAGCAACGAAAAAGUCGGUGACUAAUUCACUAGUUUCUUGAGAACAUUUAAACUAUGGGUAAUUAAUAGGUUAAGAAAGGAUUAAAGUCAGUAGACAUAAGUUUCAACCAAGAUUCAACCUUGUGUUUUAGAUACAACGACUAUGAAUUGUUGGAUCUAGAAACCAAUAAAAUUCACCUAUUAUGACAUUUCACUGAGGACAUAUUAAACCAA